AUGGCGGUAUCACAAAACAAGCAUGUCGUCUUUGACGUCGUAGGAACCUGCGUAUCCUACGAAGCUUUCUUCGACGCCCUGGAGGCCCGGCUAGGCGAGCGCUUCAGGCAGCAGAGCAUCGGCAGUCGCAUCUUUGGCUACGCCUGGAUGGAGGCCGGCGAGAAGGAGUACACCUACCUCACGCUCGCCGGCAAGUACACUAAGUUCUUCGACAUCUUCCGCGCGAUAUUCUACCGGACUUUGCACCAGGCGGGCAUCGCCGAGCCGAGGAAAUUCGCGACCGACGAGGACCGCGAAUUCCUGCUGGCCUCAUACCGCACGCUCAAGCCGCGCGAGGGCCUGAAGGAGUGCUUCUCCAAGCUGCGCGAGGCGGGCUACACCGUCUGGGCGCUGACGGCGGGAGAUACCGAGAGGGUGGGCGGAUAUCUCGCCGCAGGCGGCGUGGAUUUUCCGUCUGAGCAUUUCGUUUCGUGCGAUACCAUCGGCAUAGGCAAGCCGUCGCCCCAGUCCUAUCAGCACAUUGUCGACAAGUUCCCCAAGAGCGAUCAGCCUAUCGACCUCUGGUUCGCCGCCGCGCACAUGUGGGAUUCCGCUGGCGCGAGGAAUUGCGGUUUCAAGGGGGCUUGGGCUUCUAUGUGGGAGCAGGAGCCUUGUCUCGAGAUCUACGGCGAUAUGGAGGUCAUCGCUGAUAGCCUGCCUGCGAUGGCGGAUGGCAUAAUCAAGUACUCUCCGUCGAAAUAA